CACGAAGAAGAAGCGAGCUUUCUUCCGCCUUCAUCCUGUGACGUAACUUCCUUUCUGUCCGUGCUAACCUCGGUGUGAACACGCGCUCGCCGUCUAGCUCAAGAUGCGUUACGUCGCUGCUUACCUGCUCGCUGCCCUCGGUGGCAAUAGCAACCCUGAGGCCAAGGACAUCAAGAAGAUCCUGGAAAGUGUUGGCAUUGAGGCUGAUGACACACGUAUGGACAAGGUUAUCAGUGAGCUCGCAGGCAAGAAUGUAGAGGAGGUUAUCGCCACAGGUUACGGUAAACUGGCCAGCAUGCCAGCAGGCGGUGCCGUAGCCGUUGCCAGCUCUGCGGCUGCUGGCGCAGGCGGAGCUGCUGCCCCUGCAGCUGAGGAGAAGAAGGAAGAGAAGAAAGAGGAGUCUGAGGAGUCCGAUGACGACAUGGGAUUCGGCCUGUUUGACUAAACUUUUUCAAAAUAUGAAUAAAAUUUAUAAAAAACAACAACAAAAAAA